CCUCAACAUGCUCUUCCUGAUGUUUUCAUCUGGAUGAUAAGUGGAGGAAAGCGAAUUGCUUACAGCAGGCUGCCAGCUAAAGACCUUCUAUUUUCCAUUGUAGAAGAAGAAGCAGGAAAACACUGUGGAAAAGUUCAAACUAUCUUCUUAAAGGAUAAAGUUGAUACUUCACAUUUUACAUUUAUCUUGUCUUAUUUUGAGGAAAAGCAGAGUUUCGAACUAAGGGCUUAUAUGUAUCAAGCACGAUCGCUGAUUGGCUCAGAUACUUCUGGCCUCUCGGAUCCAUUUGCUCGUGUCAUCUUCGGCGAACAGAGUCAGACCACCCAGGUCAUUGAUGAGACAUUAAGUCCCACGUGGGAUGAAAUGCUGGUUUUUCCAGAAGUUGUUGUUUAUGGAAGUAAAGAGGAUAUUAAAGAAGAUCCUCCAGUGAUUAUUGUCGAAGUUUUUGAUCAAGACAAAGUGGGAAAAUCUGAAUUUAUUGGCCGGACAUUAACAAGACCUCACGUUAAAUUUAGUGACGAACCUUACGUGAAGCCUAAUUUUCCACCGAACUUGGAAUGGCACGACAUCUAUCGGGGAUCUGAGCAAGCAGGGGAGCUUUUGGCUACGUUUGAACUUCUACAGCUGUCAGACACAGACGAAAAAGGCAACGUUCCAGAGCUUCCUCAGCCGAAAGAAAAUCUCUUGAGGUCCGAUAGAGGGCCUAUUCUUCCUGUUCCUCGAGAAAUUAGGCCCACUCUUUCAAAAUAUCGCAUUGAG